AUGUGUGGACAUUUGUUUUGUAAAUCUUGUAUCGAUAUUGUUCUUGGAUCUCCAGAUCCAAAAUGCCCAGAAGAUGAAGAAAAAUUAAUAAAAACUGACGUUUUCCCGGACAAUUUUGCAAAGCGUGAGUUGAAAAGUAUUCGUUUGUUUUGUCCCUCUGAACAGUGCAAAUGGUUUGGUGCCUACGAUGAAUUGGAAGGUCAUUCUCAAGUUUGUGAGCAUGCGCUCAUCAGCUGUAUACACAAACAAUGUAACGUUCAGUUACCUCGCUCUCUUCUUGGUCAACAUUUGAAGAAUGAUUGUAAAUAUCGAAAUGUGAAAUGUGAAUAUUGUGGUAAAGAUGUCCCGUAUGGUUCACUUAAGACUUUAAAACGAAAGGACAUUCGUCAACAUAUGAAUGGCAAUGUAACUGAUCAUGUUGGCGCCUUGCUACGAUAUGUUAUGGCAUUUGUUACACAGUUAAGUAACUACGUACCACGUCCAGAGUUUACUACUGCUGUUCAAAACAUGGCUGAUCAAGUUACUGCUGUUCGUGCAAAUCUCUCAGAAAAAUUUGUGAUGUUAGUGGGUAAACUUACAGGUCUUGAAAGGAGGAUUGAGAGCAUCGAGAGUCGUGGUGGUAACGAUAGUAACCCUCAGGUGUCCUCAGAGAUUUCCUUGUUGCGUGAUAGGAUCUCGACUCUCGAGCGGGAAUCACGAGAUAAUUCCUCAACUAUACUACGAUUUUGUGAGAGCUUAGAUCAAAUUGACGAAUCACUCGCGAGAAACACGGUGAAGAUUACGUACCUUGAAGCGCAAUGUGGCUCGCGCGCACUAGGAUCAAUUCAGCUUAUACACAGCUACAAUGGCACAUUACUUUGGAUAAUAGAUAACUUCAAGAAAAAGAGACAGGACGCCAUUAAUGGUAUCAAAACAUUUUACAGUGCACCAUUCUACAGUUCUCAAUAUGGUUACAAGAUGUGUGCUAAGAUCUAUAUGAAUGGUGAUGGUUUUGGAAAAGGAACUCAUUUAUCUUUGUUCUUUGUUGUCAUGAAAGGUGAUUACGAUGCGCUACAAACAUGGCCAUUUAGAAAAAAGAUCACAAUGAUGUUAAUGGAUCAAGGAAAUGGUGAUCACAUGAUUGAUGCUUUUCAUUCGGAUCCCCAAAGUUCUUCAUUUCAGCGACCAAAAUCUGAUAUGAAUAUUGCUUCCGGAUCACCUCUCUUUAUGCCAUUGGAAAUGUUAAAUAAUCGACAAUACAUUAAAGAUGAUACAUUAUUCAUUAAGCUCAUUAUUGACUGAAAUGGUUACGAUAGCUCAAAGAGUUUAGGUUUUUGAUCAUAUUUAAUCUUAAUUCUUAGCUAGACCUCAAUUUACAUUCAAUUAAUUUUUUAAAAUUUAAAAUCCAACUUUUAACUUUUAGGUAGAAUGA